GGCCAGGACGCCGCUUGCCGCUUCGUCGUCGUCGUCGCCGCCGCCGCCGAGCUCGCCUCUUCCUCACCAUCCACUACUUCUCCUUCGCCUUCGCUCGUCGCUGCUCCAUCUCGCUGCGCCGGGUCCUGGCACCGUCGCAUCCGCAGCGCAUCUUGCGCGCCUGCAAGCCUGCCCACGCAGACGGCCCCUCGAGGGCGUCAGGGCGCGGCAUUCGCGCGCACCGUUCCUGACAGGCACCGCUACUGCUGCCCUACUCGGCUCCCGUCCCUCGCACGGACGUGUCGUCGUUGAGCGCCGCCCUCCUUCUCUCUCCCUCACCGCUCCGCCAUCGCUGCACCCUCUUCGCAGCGCAUACCCAGCAGCAUGGCCAUGCCCGGCGCCAACACCUCGCCGUACAUGGCCGGCGGCGCUGCGGCGCAGGGCGCGCCGUAUGCUCCUCCUCCUCCGCCGCCGCCGCCGGGCAGCAGCAACGGUGCAGCACCCUCGCAACAGCAUCCGAUGGCGUAUGCCCACCCGCACCACCACCCGCACAACCCGCAUCAUCCCGCCGAGUACGGCGUGCCGGCGCCGCCGCAGCAGAUGCACUACGCGCCUGCACCCGGGCAGCAGUACGCCGUGCCCUCGCCAGCAUACCCGCCGCAGCAGUACGUGCAGCAUUCGCCCUACGCCUCGCCCGCCCUCGGCGGCAGCGUGCAGCAGCAGCAGCAACAGCAGGCGCAGAUGCAGUACAUGGAGCAGGCCGACGUCAAGCCUUCGCCUCUGAUGCUGCAGCAGCAGCAGCAGCAGCACGUCGGCGACAUGAAGGCAGCUCCAGCAGGCAUGAUGCACAUGCAGCCGCCUCCCUCGGCACACUUUCAGCACAUGCGAGCUCCUCCGUCCGCAAGCUUCGCAGUGCCCGACGACGUGCACUCUCCGGAGCAACAGCAGCAAGCUCGACGGCCCAGCGAGACGCUGACGCGCGACCGCAAGCGCUCUUCCGAAGCGCGCGUCGCGCCGCCGUCGCAGAGCAAUGGGCACGGAGUGGAGGACGACAAGGGCGAGGGAGGCAGCGCAGUGACGAUGUUUCAGUGCCGUGGCUUUGGCGACUGCAAGAUGGUCUUUACGCGCAGUGAGCAUCUGGCGCGCCAUGUUCGCAAACACACCGGCGAGCGUCCCUUCCGCUGCCAUUGCGGCAAGGCCUUCUCCCGACUCGACAACCUCCGCCAACACGCGCACACCGUGCACGCCGACGAAGCAGAGCGCAACGAGACGAUGAUGACGGAGCUCGUCUCGCUGCACACGACGCUCGCUGCAAACGCCGCACAGACGCAGCAUGCGCGCGCUCAAGUGCUCGGCAAGCCUGUCGGCGUCGUUGGACCCGGAGGCAUGAUGCAGCAACACCCUGCCGCACAGACGCAUGCGCACAUGGAGGAGAAUGGGCGCCGCAAGAGCGUGCCCAAGAACGCAAGGUCGAGUCGCAUGAGCAUCGAUGCUCGCGCACACGAGCCGCGUCGUGCUUCCAUGAUGGAGCCCAGCUCUGCAGCUGCGCACUAUGGCGUUCCAGCACAGCCGAGCGUCUAUGGACAGAUGAUGCCUGCUCAUCCGAGCGUCUACUCGCCUGGCGCUCCUACCUCGUACGCAGGCGGCGCACCAGGCUAUGCUUCGUCGCCGGAAGUUCCCGCGCCCAAUGCGUUCCCGCCUUACGCUGCUCCGACGUCGGCAUCGCCGCAGGCCGCAGCACCACAGCACGGCUUUGCAUACGGCUUCCUCGAUCAGAGUCGACCGGAGUACGAAGCUGCAGCGUCUGGCGCAUACGGCGCACCGGCGCCUGGCUUCUACGGGUACGAUGCUGCGCCGCCCGCUGCUGCGGCGCCGAGUGCGGCGUCGCAUGGCGCGGCAUGGACGAGCAACGGCGCACCGACGCAGACGCACGAUUCGCCGACGGCAUACGCGGCUUUCGGCAAUGGCUCAGAGACCGAUUGGCGCUUUGCGCCCGAGACUCAACCUUACGCAGCGCCGUUCAAGCACGAUGCCCCGCCUCCGCCGCCGCCUAUGGCAGCACAUCACGCUCCUCCUCCUGCUCAGCAGUCACACUCACUGCCGCCCGCAACCACGUCGAGCAGCUUCGGAAGCACAUUGGCGGCACAUCUGCAGAUGCGAGCACCACUCACGCAGCAGCAACGCAUGAGCCCGCCGUUGCCGGGCAGCUCGCAUGGCUUGCCGUCGUUGCCGAGCAGCUCGCAUGGUCUGCCUCCGCUGCCCAGCAGCUCGCAUGGCCUGCCGCCGCUGCCCGGCAGCUCGCACGGGCUGCCACCACUGCCCAGCAGCUCGCACGGUCUGCCGCCGCCCACUUCGUCGCACGGCCGUGGUCUCAUCUCGUCGAGCGGUGGAGCCUCGGCCUUCGGACGUCCCGAGACGCCCACCGAUCGGCCCGUGCUGCCGCCUCUCUCCUCGCUCAGUCGUCCCAACACCGCCUCGGGUCCUUCGCCUCUCGGUGUGCCCCGCAGUUCUGGCGGGCUCGGUAUUCCGCCGCCCUUCGCGACGCCGCGCGGCAGCAUUGAUGCGGGACACACGCUGCCUCGCCUCGGAGACUCGCUCUCGGCUGCGGCGGCUGAGCGACGGCCGCUCACGAGUCCAGCAAACGGCGCAGAUGGCAAGCCUUCCGGACUCUCGGCCACACUGCGUGGGCUUUCGCGCCCGACUUCGCGUGGCGGUCUCCUCGAUCCGCCGAGCAUGUCUCUACCGACCACCCUCGACGGUCGGCCCGGCACCAACUCCGGCGCCGAGCAGCGUCGUCCUUCGCGCUCCGGUCUGCCGCCGCCUCUGUCGUCGUCGACGUCGACCUCGAUUCAGCCUUCAGGCUCAUCGCCCUUCCUCUUCCAGCCGCCACCGCUGCCGCGCGAGACCACGAGCGACAGGCUGGGAGUGCGAGAGCGCCCCGGCAGCAGUUCGGGUCUGGCGCACCUCGAGCGUCCGCUCAGCUCCUCGGGCGCAGCCGCUGCUGCGGCGCGCAGUCGUCCGGGCAGCUCGAGCGGUCUAGUGCUGCGCGAGCGCGUGGCAUUCGACGUGCUGCCGCCGUUGGAGCGUGAGAGUCUGCUGGGCAAGCGCAAGUCGCUCGCGUCCCUCUCGUCAUCCUCGUACGCCAAGCGUCAUCGCCCCUUCACCGCAGGUGACUUGCCUGCGCCGCCGCGUUUCGGCGAGGAGGGCAACAGUGCCAGUCGAGCACGCACCAGCUCUCGCAGCGAGGAAGAGGAGGAAGACAUGGAGCCUCCGCCGCCCGAACAGCUCAACACGCGGCGCGUCAGCAUCGCCAGUCUCUGCGGCGACGAUGCACCCGCAGCGACGCCUGCGACACGCCCGAACACGAGCCACAGUCUGUUCACUGUCGCCAGCAGCACCGACGACGAGCCAACGGCUGCCGGCGCAGCCAACGCCUCGACUUCGACGGCGGCGGCGAACAGCGUCAGUGCGGCAAAGAGCUCGCCGCUGAGACGUGAGACGGCCACAGGACGCGCAUGAGCGCCAUGUCUCUGUCUGCCUCUCGACCCCCGACCUAUGCCGUGGGCUCGCUACUUUGCCGUCCCCGCCUUCGACCUACUGGCGUCAAGUCCACAGGUGCACUGCGCUGCACGCCUGCUUGCUUCGACGUUCGGCCGCUGCGGCUCUUCACUUUCGUCACCACCGCCUCUGCCUUCUCACCUGCCCGCCACAAAGCGUCGAUGCUUCGUCCCUCUCGCUCGCUGCCCGCCGCCGCGCCGCUGCCGUUCUACUGCCCUUUCUACCGCCAUCGCCCUUUACCUCCUCCGCCGAGCCACCUCGUCUCUCCCCUUCCCCC